AUCCAAACUAAACCAAGGAAUACUACCCAUCCAUAGCAACCACAACUACCACUAGUGUUCUGAUGAUUCAUUCCUUAAUUCUGAAUCUUCUGCAAAUCAAGAAAACCGAGUGAGCUUGUUUGGUAAUGUCGAUGGGUAGCGAUACGACUUGGGUGAGCAAGAAGCCUCUCAGACGCUUGGGAGGAAUGUCCGAUGCCCUCUCCAUCGCCUCCGAUCUUGGCUUCUCUCUCUCUCCUCCUCCUCCUCAGGAAGAGUUUCAAAACUUAUCCGCUACUACUGCUGAAAAGGGUGAUGACUUGAUAAGGGUUUUAAGAGAACUUACCACUGUACAAAGAAAAAUAGCAGAUUUACAAGUGGAACUUCAAGGUCGCAAGGAGGACAAGAAUGUAGCACAUUUGACACAUGUGAGUGAAAUGGAAAAGAAGAUUGAGACUUUGGCAAGAAUUACGAUUAUAUUGAAGGAUGUCAUUCAGAACAAGGACCGCAUUAUAGCUCGUCUUCAACAACCAUAUUCACUAGAUUGCAUCCCCGUGGAAGCAGAGUUUCAGAAACAAUUUUCAGAAUUACUAAUGAAGGCUGCAAGUGAUUAUGGAGCCUUGACUGCAUCUGUUGCAGAUUUCCAGUGGAGUCAAAACUUCAAGGAACCACCUUCUGUAUGGGGGGAAAUGCUCCGUCCAAUUCCUGUGGCUUUAGCAUCUUGUACCCGAUUCUUUGAAGCCAUGUCUGCAAUGAGGGAAUCGUUUGCUACACUUCAAAAUUUGAGAGUGGGUCAUUCCUCUUCUUCCUUGCAUGCAACACCAGUCAAGGAUUCUUCUCAAACAACACUAGGGGAUUCUGAAUGCGUGACCCCACCUCCUUGGAGGAGUGAGUCGGACGAUUUAACUCUCAGAACUCUCAGUGGUCCAAAAGCAGAAGAUGAACAUGGUGAAGUAGGCGACACUCAUCAAGUUGAUGGCACGAGCCACAGGAGAUUGUCCUGGCCUCCAGUAAAAAAGAGUGGAUUAUAACAAGGUUUUUUCUCUUUUAAUUGCAUAUGUGUGCAAGAUUUUCAUUAUGGUGUGAUUCUUUCUGCUCUUCCUUUUGCAGCCUUGAUGAAGCUGAAGAGAGCUUUGAAUGAAGUUUUCGAAGAAUUUGGAGAGCACACUUCAUAUUUUUUUUUCUUCAUUAAAAUGGGAAAAUAUUUGCAAUUUUUAUUUUUAUUUUUUUGUAUUGACAUAUUCUGUUUUUAGGGUUCUUCUUCUUCUUCUUCUU